AUGAACGAAUUAUUCGUUUACUUGCAGACUCCAUACAAACUACCCGAUGGUUCAGUGCUUGAGAUAGGUGCAGCACGGUUCCGUGCACCCGAAGUUCUGUUCCGUCCCGAGCUGAUUGGUGAAGAAUGGCCGGGUAUUGCAACGGCUUUGAAUGCGUCUAUAAGAAAAUGUGAUAUGGAUCUGAGAAAAGUUCUCUACAGUAAUAUCGUUCUGAGCGGUGGAUCGACGAUGUUAGCUGGAUUUGGUGAUCGACUUUUAGCUGAAGUAUGCUGA